UUAAGUCAAUACGUUUUGUUGUCAUCAGCCACAUUUACAAUAAGUUGUUUUUACCAAAUUUUUAUUACAAAUGUUAUUUUAUUCUAUAUAUAAGGUGAAAAAUAAUACCAUGAAAAUGUAUCAAUCGUAAUAAAAAAUGUUCCCGCGUUGUUUGUUGGUGAUGCAUACGAGUGAGAGACGUGAAAGUUUAUAGGCCAAAAGUAAGGUGAUAACGUGAAUACUGAAUAAAUGGUGCUCACCGGUGCCAUGGAGAGGCGAAUAAAGCUGAAAACAUUAAACAGUCACAUAACGUGCAAGAUAUGCCGCGGCUACCUUAUAGAUGCUACAACAGUGACGGAGUGCCUCCACACCUUUUGUAAAAGCUGCCUAGUCAAACACCUCGAGGAGAAACACACCUGCCCGACAUGCCAAAUAGUUAUACACCAGUCACAUCCCCUUCAGUAUAUUAGCUUCGAUAGAACCAUGCAGGAUAUCGUCUACAAACUUGUCCCCGAUCUCCAGGAGAACGAAAUCAAGAGAGAGCGAGAAUUCUAUAGAGCCCGAGGGUUGCCUUGUCCUAAGGAUGUUUUACCAAACGCCGCCGAAAUGGAAGAGGAAAAACAAUCGGGCGACACUCACGCCGAGUCUGAUUAUCACCGAGCCGAUGAACAGGUGAACGUGUGCUUGGAAUGCAUGAACACAAGUUUAAAAACGUUGAAACGAAGAUUUAUAAGGUGUUCGGCACAGGCGACUAUUACUCACUUGAAAAAAUUUAUUGCCAAAAAAGUCCUCAACGGUAUGGAGAAAUAUCGCGAUAUCGAUAUUCUAUGCAACAACGAGCUCCUGGGAAAGGAUCAUACGUUAAAAUUCGUCUACGUAACAAGAUGGAGGUUUCGGGACCCACCUUUAAGGCUCCAAUACAGGCCUCGUAUAGACAUAUAAUCUAAGCUCUUUCUCUCGGUGUAUAGAAACAAGCUGUAACGUUAACCAGCUUCGAAUGAAACUUUAACAUAUUUUCAUCCAAUCUACCAAUCUACCGCCUUGCUAUACAAGCCUAUAUAUUCGAGAUAUGCAGCUUUUAUUUAUCAAAUAUCACGUUAGAUUUCAGGCUGAGAAUUUUGCACCAGCUCAACGAUAAAAGAAAAGAAAAAUAGAAUGCAUAUAAAUGUGUAUACAUAUAAAAAUUCAUAUAUACGUAUGUAUAUAGAUAUAAUUAUUUUCGUGAGUAAAAGAUGAAUAUAUUUUAUGAUUAGCAAAUUUAUGGAGAAGAAAGGAUAUAA